AUGUUUGAAGUUCAUUCUGGGGAUGACACCCAAUCUUCUUCUCCUAAAAAAGAAACUGUCUAUAAACAAGAAGAGCAAUCUAGUAAUAUAAAAUUGGAAGAAUCAUCCAGUGAGAAGCAAGCGGAUUCCAGUGCGACGAAAGUUGAGAACUUCAAUUUGCCUGUUCAAGCAAUAGAAGUUAAGAUCGAAGUCGAUCGUAAUAGCUGUGGAGUUUGUAGAAGGAGUGCCACUGGCGAAGCAGAAAAGUUAUCCCCUCAUGGGCAAGUAUAUAAAUAUGAGGAUGAUCCAUUUUGGAUAUCCUGCGAUGGUUGUCUUCAGUGGUUCCAUGGAAGUUGCGUGGGAGUGGAGGAGCUAGAAGAUUUCCUCAUCGAGUUUUAUCAUUGUAGUGGAUGUGAGCAUGCUUUAGGACCCACAAUAUUAAAAAAAUGUAUUGCUCCGCAUCGUUUAAACUGUUUCGAAUCAAAUGAAGUUUUACUUCCCACUGAAGUCGGCUCGAAAACUUGGAUUGAGAAGUUUGCAAUUAACGAAAUGAAUAUUCCCAUGGCUGAUGAGAGUGGAUGUUAUAUUUGUGAAAAUGGCCAAGAGUUCAAUGCUAUUUUUGACACGUUAAAAACGUGGGAAAAAGUUUUUUUAAUAAAGAAGAAAGACGAUUUGUGUUUGAAAAUGCCAGAUAAUGAUUUUUAUAUUGAUAGCUUAUUAGAUAUUUUUGGAGGUGAUUAUGUCGUAGAUACGAUAGAUGUUUAUAAACAAGCAACAGUGGCGAUGAAGCUCAGCAGUUUUGUAUCCAGGUUCAAAAGUCAAGAGAGAGAGCGCUUGUACAACUUCUUAUCGCUCGAAUUUAGUAGAAGUGAAAAAAUGCGUGACCUGGUUGCUCCGCCUAUCACAGUGAACAAAAUUAGCUUUGUUCAUCGCUUAUGGCCCGAUUGCCAUGAUCCUGUAAAUUGGAACCCAUCUCUUGAAAAAGCCGUGAAAAUAGCAGAAGAGCAAAAACUGAGUAAACCAGAUGUAGCUCUUUUCUGUUUGUGUGGCAUGGCUGGAUCUUAUACUGACUUCCACAUUGACUUCGGUGGUAGCUCUGUGUGGUAUCACAUCUUCAAGGGCAAGAAAAUAUUCUAUAUAGCUCCUCCUACUGAAGAAAACCUGGAAAUCUAUGAAAAUUAUCAGAAGAGAGAGGAUAGAACUCUGGUGUUUCUCGGAGAUUUGUUCCCUGCGGGUCAGCUAGGAAGAGUGGUAAUUGAGGAAGGGGAGACCUUGAUGAUACCUGCAGGAUGGAUUCAUGCUGUGUUUACUCCUGUAGACUCUUUAGUCUUCGGAGGUAAUUUUCUCCAUGCUCUCAACAUAGAUAUGCAGCUGAGAGUGUAUGAUUUGGAGCAGAGGGUUAAAGCCGCCGUUGGGUUAGAUGACAAGUUCAUGUUCCCUUAUUUUGAACUAGUUCAUUGGAAUGCUGUAAAAAGUAUUUUACUGGAAGUUUUGAAAGAUUCGAAUGAAGAUCGAGUAGCUUUAGACGCUAGUGUUAUAGACGGUUUUGAGAAUUUGUUGCUUCAUCUUAAAGAAUGGGCAGCUAUCGACAAAAAAGAAGGGAGGUACGUCAAACCUUAUAGUUUGAUUCUAAAGAGAUUAGCCAGACAAAUAGCAAUACAGAAGAAGCUUAGAAAGAGAGAAUCAUCUGAAGAAGCAGAAUUGAUGAAAAUGCCAUUAAAAAUAAAAAUAAGAAUGGGAAGCAGAUCUGAAUCUAUAGAAGUUCUCAAUAAGGAAGAGAUAUCAGAACCAGAGCUGAAGUGUACAAAUACAGGUUCUCUGAAAUUAACUAUUGCGAGGACGGUGGAAGAAGGCGUAGCGGAAAUAGCUGAAACUGCAGGAGUAAUUGAUAAUAUUGAUAUGACUCAAAUGUUCACAUCGAAGAGUUCCAGAGGAAGAGUUCGUAAACCUUCGAAGUGGUUGGCAACUUCUGUUGGAGAUCAUUUUGCCACAGAGGAUAACGAUAAAAUUUCUGUAGACAAUGGCAUUGAUUUCGAGUGGGGAGAUGAUAUGGAAGAAAUUGUUCAGAAAGAAGAGAGAGAGUUGAUGGCUGACGUGAAGAAGAAGCAUAAAUUGAAACCCAAGAAGGCUCCCCUCUCACCUAUACUCACAGAAGCUCCGUGCCCUAAGAAGAAGAAGUUGGCAACAACUGCUAAACAGAGACUAGCCAAUAGAAUGAAUUUGAAAUAA